AUGUGCGAGUCGUCGCCCAAACGAAAGUUGGUAACUCUGUUGCCCAACACGCUCAAGAAACGCCGUGUCCAGCCGGCCCCAAAGCCCCAGGCCGUGGUGAGUAACCGCCAAGGUGCCUCCAAGGGACAGCCCAAGUUGCGCUUCCUCAAGUCCUGUGCCCGGUGUCGUAAGCACAAGAUCAAGUGCAACCUCGCCGAGACCAGACCCAGUCCGUGCACUUCCUGUGCCAAGCGGGGCCACGACUGCCACCUGGAAACCGUGGUACACGUGCAACGAUCCACCAUCAUCAAAAAUCUCGCAGACAGCAUCGAAAACAUGAAGGGAGUCGUUGAUAUGCUGCUUCUGCAAGACAGACUGUUGCAGAACAUCAUCCAAGAGCGUGGAAUCAAAGUGGACGGCUUGCUCGACCUGGAAUCGAUUUCCGGUCUGCCCUCCCCAAUUUCCUCGAGGUCUCCGUCCAGCGACGAGAGCUACAAGUCGCUCUCAGUCGACUCGGUAUCCUCGGUAGUGUCUGAGGACGAAGACCUGCUCGACCCUGACCAGAGCUACAGUGUUGGUAGCAAGGAAUUUUCUGCAACCACCAUUUCCCAAACUUUCGAUACUUUCAGCUCCACCUAUCUGCAUUUGGUGCCUAUAAUGCACCACCUCCCCUCCCCAACCAACCUGUAUCGUCAGUCGCCGUUGCUGUUCUGGACCAUUGUGUAUCUUGUUCGUCCCGACGACCAGAUCGCCUCGUUCUUGCAGCAGCAGCUCCAGCUCGUGUCAGAUAUUUAUUCAGUGCAAGCGGUGGUGUUUCUGGCCUCCUUCCCGCUGCAGCACGAUCUCGAUAUUUAUUCGUUGCUCCAGCGUGCACGUGAACGUGCGUUGCAACUCGAAUUCCACAAGGCAUCCGUGUCUUCCCCACAUAACCAGAACACCUGGUGUUUGAUUUUCGUUCUGGGCACUCUUCAUGGUUUCAGACAGGGCUUCCAGUGGGAGUCAUCUACCGACAAGCUGGUCGAGCUCAAGCGCAAUCAGAACUCGUACAUCGGCCACCUGGUGGACCUGGUGAUGUUUUUCUCCAGACUGUUGAACGGUCUGGUGUUUGACAUCGACCAGAACAACAGCGCCGCCGACGAUUUGGUCCAGAGCUCGCUUUCUGCCUGGAAGCACCAGCUUAGCACUGUUUCUGCCUCGCACUACCAGCCACUGCAGUGUUUGGUGAACAUGAUCCACUUGUCGUUGAUUAUGUUUGAGCCUACUAAGGACAGCGCAGACAAGGCUUUCCAGCAAACCGCGCUGGCUUCUGGCUCCCAGAAGCUAGUCGAUCUCUUGGAAACCAUGGAUAUUGCCAAAUCGCCGAUCUUUUGCAAGAUUGCCUUGGACUUUGCCACGCUGCUGACCCUGAAACUUAGCACCACUCCGUACAGUUCGUGCGCCAAAGAAGAGCAGAGCACUCUGGAGUUGUUUGUGAGAAGCUUCAAGCAGCUGUGUUGUGUCCGGAACUACGGCGACGCCGCCAAUCUGAUCGACACGAUUAUCAGUUUCCAGGCUGCAACCAUUAACUACGGUGCUCUGUUCUACCAGACCAACAACUUCAAAGUCAACCUAUUUGCCGGGCUGUAUCCAAACACAGAUACAACGCCGAACCCGGACUCUGAGGACCCAUACGUGGUGGACGCAGAGUACAGACUGUUUCAGCAGCUCAAAUGCCUCGACCUGAAAAAUCCCCAGAAACCUAAACCGUUUGAUGUGAUCGACGUCUUCCUCCGUUUGGACGACGAAACUGAUACCUUGAAUGGUAUAUAA